CACCAACCUCAGCCCCAAGCCCAGCACCAACCUCAGCCCCAACCCCAGCACCAACCUCAGCCCCAACCCCAGCACCAACCUCAGCCCCAACCCCAGCACCAACCUCAGCCCCAACCCCAGCACCAACCUCAGCCCCAACCCCAGCACCAACCUCAGCCCCAACCCCAGCACCAACCUCAGCCCCAACCCCAGCACCAACCGCAGCCCCAACCCCAGCACCAACCGCAGCCCCAACCCCAGGACCAACCUCAGCCCCAACCCCAGGACCAACCUCAGCCCCAACCCCAGCACCAACCUCAGCCCCAACCCCAGCACCAACCUCAGCACCAACCCCAGCACCAACCUCAGCCCCAACCCCAGCCCCAACCCCAGCCCCAACCUCAGCCCCAACCCCAGCCCCAACCCAGCCCCAACCCAGCACCAACCUCAGCCCCAACCCCAGCACCAACCUCAGCCCCACCUCCUCUUCUGUU